AUGGGCAGCUGCACCAGAGCACACUGCGCGGCUGGGGCACUGGACUUCACUAGACUGCUGUGUGCCGUGCUGGGCAUUGUGGUGAUCAUGGUGGUGCCCUCCAUUAUCAAGCUGCAGGUCCACAAGAGUGUGUGUAUGGACUCCAGUAGCCUGUCCUUCGGCAUAUGGAAGGAGAUCCCUGUUCCCCUCUACAUCUCCAUCUACUUCAUCGAUGUCAACCCCAAGGAGAUUCUUCAGGGCAAGAAGCCACUGUUGUGGGAGUGCAGGCCCUAUGUAUAUAGGGAGUUCCAGCAUAAGAGCAACAUCACCUUCAAUGACAAUGACACAGUGUCUUUCCUCGAGUACUGCAACUUCCAAUUCCACGAGAAGUCCAGUGGCUUGGAGAGCUACUACAUCGUCAAGCCCAACAUCCUGGUCCUGAGUGCAGCAUUGAUGAUGGAGAAUAAGUCUAUGGGCAUAAAACUGUUCAUGACCUUGGCGUUCACUAUUGGUGAGUGUGCCUUCAUGAACCACACUAUAGGCAAGAUCAUGUGGGGCUAUGACCACCCCCUCAUGCACCUCAUCAAUAAAUACUUCCCAGACAUGUUCCUCUUAAAGGGCAAGUCUGGGUUAUUUGCUGAGCUCAACUACUCCAAUUCUUGGCUCUUCACCAUGUUCACAGGGAUCAAAAACUUCAUCCAGAUCUACCUCGUGGACAAGUGGAACUGGCUCAGCAAGCUCAUUUGGCACUCGAAUCCGUGCAACAUGAUUGACAGGACUUCAGGGCAGAUGUGGGCCCUGUUUAUGACACAAAUAUCACUGGAAUUCUAUAGCCUUGAGGCCUGCUGGUCCAUAAAGCUCAUCUAUAAGGAAGUAGGGAUGUUCAAAGGCAUCCCUACUUUUUGCUUCAUCACCUUAUUUGCUAAUGGGUCUGUCUACCCACCUAACAAGGACUUCUGCCUGUGCCUGGACAGUGCACCCUUAUUUCUCUCCCAUCCUCACUUCUACAAUUCCUACCCUGUCCUGGCAGAGGCAGUGAUCAGCCUCCACUCCAAUGAGAAAAAACAAAAACAUUCCCUGUCCCUGGACAUCCACUCUGUCAUAGGAACCCCUAUGAACUUCUCUGUCAUAGGAACCCCUAUGAACUUCUCUGUGAAGCUGCAGCUGAGCCUCUACAUCAAGGCUGUCAAAGGCAUUGGAUAA